UUCAUCUUUUGGUGAAGUUUAAUUUGGGGGUGACUUUGAGAGAUGAAAAUUUAUCAGUUUUCUUGCUAUUCCAUUCCUUGGAUAUUCUGUAACAAAGAUACGAUGAUGUCUACUUUUUGCCUCUGUGGCUUUACUAGCCAGCCAUUGCCAUUAGGGCCUGACUAAGUCAUUUAGCAACUACCUGUCUUAAUCAAGAAAGCUUUUGUUAUUUCAUCUGGGCCCCUGAUAAUGAUCAAGUGGUACUUGCAAAGACAGAGUCUGAGUCUAUUCUUUUGCCCUUUUGGUGAAUUCACAAGGCAAGGCAUUGACUGACUGAUCAAUCAGGGCAGAGUAGUGUAGUGUAGUGUGAUCCAUCCUUGUAGUUACAACUGACUGUUGGUGAUGGAGAAUGUAUUGAUGAUAGAGCAGGUAAAGAUUGGUUCUGAGUUGGUUACUGUUUAGGUGGAAAAAAAGCAUGCAAAGAAAAUAGGUUGUGUUGGUGGGAUUCCUCAGUUGAUCCGAAAGAUGCUUUUCUUUCUGAUUUAACAUUCUUGGCCUACAACAACUGCCCCUCCCCUCAUUGUUGUUGCUGAUCGUUUCAUGAUUGCUUGUAAUGAAAACGAGUUUCUUCAAUCUGAUUCUGAUGGGCAAUUCUUUUGGAUGCUCUGCGUCCGGGGAGCGUCUGGUCUCCGCCGCAAGAGACGGCGAUCUUCAAGAAGCCAAGGCUUUAUUGGAGUACAAUCCUCGUCUCGCUCGUUACUCCACCUUCGGCGUUCGGAAUUCGCCUCUGCACUAUUCUGCAGCUCAGGGCCACCACGAGAUUGUGUCACUCUUGAUUGAGUCCAGCAUCGAUAUCAAUCUCAGGAACUACCGCGGACAGACUGCUUUGAUGCAAGCUUGUCAAUAUGGCCAUUGGGAGGUUGUCCAGACUCUAAUUAUAUUCAAAGCCAAUAUACACAGGGCUGAUUAUCUCAACGGAGGAACUGCGCUACACUUAGCCGCUUUGAAUGGCCACACUCGAUGCGUCCGCCUUCUCCUCGCUGAUUACGUCCCCAGCAGCAUCUCCGAUCUCUGCACUUUGUUGUCCGAAAAUAAUGAUGAAGGUGCGCUCUAUGAAGUAAUCAAUAAGCCUGCUGAUGGCGGCGUCUCGGCCCUGCAUAUGGCUGCCCUCAACGGGCACGCUGAAACCAUUCUGCUCCUCCUGAAUUUAGGUGCAUCGGUACAUGAGGCAACGGUUGAUGACGGAUCCACAAUCGACUUAGUAGUUUGGUUUCUGAUCUCCCGACACGACACGACAGGCGCUGGAAGCACUCCACUCCAUUACGCUGCGUGCGGAGGCAGCGCACAAUGUUGUCAGCUACUGAUUGCCAAGGGUGCCAGUCUCACUGCUCAGAACACCAACGGGAUGACUCCCUUGAUGGUUGCUCGUUCGUGGAACAGAGACUUCCUCGAAGACAUUCUAAGUCGACAGCCAAGAAGCCAACCGAAAAUGAGUCCGUCGCCAUUUUUGUGUCUUCCUCUCAUGAGCAUCAUCGAAAUCGCUAGACGCCGAGGUUGGAGAGGCGGAUGGCGAAGCGACAACUCAUCCUCGACGUGCUUGGAUCCAUGUGUAGUUUGCUUAGAACGCAAGUGCACGGUUGCUGCUCAAGGAUGUUCCCACGAGUUCUGCACCCAUUGCGCGCUCUAUCUGUGCUCUACUAACACCUCGUCGACUGUGGCUGAUGGGCCACCGGGGUCAAUCCCCUGCCCCCUAUGCCGUAAUGGCAUAGUUGGUUUCGUCGAAUUGUCAGGAACAAUUAGCUCACCGGAAAUCAAAGAAAUUGCAAGGACAAGCCUAUCAUUGCCCUUCUGCAAUUGCGCCGCACCACAUCUGAACUCUUCCGAAACAAUGCAGAGUUGCAAGCGGGAUUUUCGAUUCUCCCCGCCGCUAAUUGGUUCUUCUUCAUUUCGGUCACUUAGCUGCAAAAGGUUUCCUUCGAUGAAACUCGGCAGCACAGGCCUUUGCAUGGGAGCUUCGGACAUGAUCAGUCCAGCUUGUCUUGUUCGUCGGAAGACAGAUCACAGCCUGAGGAGUCAGCUGGUUGAGUGCCCCUCCAGUUCGUCGAGAUUUAGGCGCUCCGUGUCGCAGAACGACUGCCGGAGAUGGCUGUGUUCGUUGACUCAGUCCAUGCCUAAUCGUUGACAUGACACUACACCAGUUUGUCAUUUAUUAUUUUUAUGACAUGGAAUUCGGAAUCACAUUUUCAAUCGAAUCUAAUAGUUUGUGUUACGUAUGAAAUUUAUAAUUAGGUUAAAAAUCCCAAGUUAGAAGAAGAUGUGGGCCUGUAAUUGGGUCUGUUAGACUUUUUAAGGGGUAUUUCAAGAUAAUCGGGUGAACUGGACGUUUUUCCGAGGAAAUAGGUGGGUCGGUGAGUCCACAGGUCGGAAAGUCCGUAGGUCAGACGGUCCGCAGGUCGGACGGUUCACAAGUCGGAUGAUUCGCGAGUCGGAUGGUCCGCAGGUCGGACGGUUCACAAGUCGGAUAAUUCGCGAGUCCGGAGGUCCGUUGUCAGAUAAACAAGUCGGAAGGGCUACGGUCAGACAGGCAGGUCGGUUGAUCCGCAGUUGGAUGAGCAAGUCGGUUGUUGUGGAGGUCGGAUGCUGCGGAGAGCGAGUGAAAAUAGUAGCUUGGUCGGUUGGGCUACGCGGGUAAUAAGACGGUUGAGAACACGUGUCAGCAAAAGAGGAAUUAGCAGACGGUUGAGAGAAGGCGUUGUAACCGUUGGGCGACGGUUCCAGGUACUGUUUCAGAAGAAUAUUAAAGGAUUGAGAUCUGCAACUGGCAGGGUAUCUUCAAUCAUCUUCAAACAUCAGCAAAGUGAUUCGGGGAUCAUCAUUUAAUUUUCAGUCUAUAGCAUUUAUUUUCCAGUAUUUUCUUAUGUACUGUACAGUGUUUAGAGAUUCCUAAUCUCAGACACUAAUUAUAUCAAAUUCGAAGAUAAUUUCCUAUUUUCGGAUUUUACUUUUUAUUGUUGAAAAAACUCAUCAACAGUUUGCAAUCUAAGUCAGCAAGACAAAUUACACUUCACGAACCUUGUGUGGCAAAUGAAAUCAAAUGACGUAAAGAAAAUUUGCAAGUACGAUCUCACGAUGAUGAAUCCAUUUCUCACAACUCAAGUGUGUGUAUGCGUGGGCUAGGCUAGAAAUAGAAUGAAUGCUUAGCUGAUGUUAUGUUUUGUUAUGUUACAAGUUUGGAGGCAAUUAAGAUGACGGGGAUGUUUAAAAAUUUAAUAGUAGGUUAAAUGUAACUAUUUAAGUUAUCAGUUGGGUUAAGCUGGUAACUUUUUAAUUGGGUGAUGAAGCCAAUUAAUAAUAAGGGAUAUAAAUUAUGAUUGUGAUCCCAGAUCAACAAUCGAUAACGGAAGAAACCUUAGCGAUUUUCUCAUAAGGUAUUGCGUCAUAGGUUUAAAGAAUACAAAUAUCUCAAUAGUUUGCAUAUCCGAAUCCGACAGAGUUAAUGGAAUUAGGUCAGAUUUAUUAGCUUUAUUUUAUUAUCUCAAUUAUUUUCGACUUAGGGUUGGGUUAAAUUUCUGAUAAUUAGCAACAAUUGGUAUAUGAGUCUUCCGUGUUCAAUAUUUUAUAAGAAAAAUUAUUCGAAAUCAGAUCCGCCGCUGUGCGAAUAUAAUCCUGCGUGUUAUUGUUGCGUUGGGUUCAUUUCAAUAGGUGUGCGAAUUUUGGUCAUGAUUUGUUUUCAAUUUUAGGAGUUGGUUAUUGAAUUACAGAGGAUGAUGCAUAUUAAAUAUGUAUAUAUAUUAACAAUUACCUACUACUACUACUACUACUGUUAUCCAGAAUUACACAUCAUAUGGCUGCCAUAUCUAUUCGGUUUAGAGCUUAAUUUUACCUUGAGUGAUUGAUGUAUAAUGAAAAUAUCAAUUAAUGACAAUGCAUUGCUUCCUGCACAGAUAUUUUGGUAUCCUAAUUAGAUCAUCUAAUUAUUUAAUCAAACCUAGUUAAUUAAUGGAAUUUAAUUAAGACAAAUUGUCUGCUUUCACUCGAUGCUUGC